AUGGCAGCUCCAGUGCGUCAUCCUACCACUCCGCACAAUAUAGAGAUCGCCGCGCACGCUUUGAUGAAAGCCUAUAAAUAUGAAAUACCAUUCUGGAGGUUCUCAAAGCUGGUUGCUUUAUCUGUGGAUGUUUGGGAGAUAGUAAUGGCGUCUCGUACGAAGGUAAAAUGCUAUGUUUUGGUUGGCCUUAUAUUUGUAUGGACCCUGAUGGACGGCGCGGUGGCAGAAGUGAAAGAUCACAAUGGUGGGCACGAUGACCAUUGGGGAGGUUGGGGAGGUGGUGCACCUGGCUCAUGGGGACGUGGUGGUGGAGGAGGUUGGGGAGGUUGGGCUCCUGGUCCAUGGGGACGUGGUGGUGGUGGAGGUGGACCUGGCGGUUGGGGUAGUGCUCCUCAUCAUGGUCCAUGGCGAGGUGGGCUUGUUGGUUGGGGUCGUGAUCCUCAUCAUGGCCCAUGGCAUGGUGGUCAUGGUGGUAGAGGUGGACAUGGUGGCCGAGGUGGUGCUCUAGGUCCAUCGCAAGGCAGUCCUGGUGGCCGAGGUGGUGCUCCAGGCCCAUGGCAAGGUGGUCCUGGUGGUCGAGGUGGUGCUCCAAGCCCAUGGAAAGGUGGUCCUAGUGGCCGAGGAGGUGGGAGUGGUGGUUGGGUUGGUGCUCCUCACUAUGACCAUGCUAAGGGAUUAUAG